AUGAGUACGGAGGGACUUUCUACAGCUUCAAAGGUGUCCCGUAUGCUCAACCGCCGGUCGGAGAUCUUAGGUUUAAGGCACCGCAACCACUACAGCCGUGGACCGGUGUCAGAGAUGCCACCAAGUUCGGCCCAGUAUCCUACCAAGCCUUACGAAGUUGAGAAUCUUGUGAGCCACGGGGAUGAUUUGGCAUAUCUGUUUCCUCUCAAGAAAUAUCUAGGAAAAGUUGACAUGUCAUCUGAGACAUUUAAAGCGAUCAAUAGAACUUGCACGCUGUGGACAAACUUUGCAAAAUACGGGAAUCCUACUCCAACUCUUGAUGAAAACCUCGGAGUGGAAUGGAAGCCUUACACCUUGGAGAAGCAAGAGUACCUGGAUCUUGGAAACACGUUGAAGAUGGACUCCGCACCUGAUAAGGAAGAAAUUGAGCUUUGGGAGAGCGUCUUUAAACAAUAUUUACCGAAAUAUAGUAUUUAA